AUGAACGAGAUUCUUCCCUUCCUCUUUCUGGGAGGCCUCAAAGACGCGGAGAAUCCUGCGGCCCUGGAGGCUGCAGGCGUUCGCGCGGUUGUCACCUGCUGCACUUACCAGGAGUGCCCAAAGUACAGAGAGAGAGAAGGACUUGACUACUUCCGGGUCGACGUCGAAGACACUAGUCGAGAGCCCCUCCACCUCUACUUCGAAGAAGCCGGCCAGUUCAUCGACCGCUAUGUCAGUCGCCAACAGACUGUCCUCGUCCACUGCAAAGCUGGAGUUUCGCGGUCGGCGUCCGUUGUCCUUUCUUAUCUGAUUGGGUGCAAGAAGUUUGCACUGCAGGAGGCCUUUUUCCACGUUUUGACGAAGCGCGCAUGCAUUUGCCCCAACAUUGGCUUCAUGGAGCAGCUGUGCGCGUACGAAAGAGAGAUGCGAGACCACUGCUCUGUGUGUAUGUUCAAGUACACAGACUGGUACACGGCCGACUGUUCGUACCGCCCCGCGAUUCCUGAUUUAGAACCGUGA